AUGAGUUCUCAACUUUCGCACUCGUUUGAGCCCGCCGUAGACAGCCCCGGGUUAAGAUCUCGAAACUCGGGAGGGAAGAAAGGUAGUAUUGCAGCAGAGAAACGAAAAUUACGCAAUCGGCUCUCUCAACAAGCAUUCCGCGCACGGCAAAACUGGGAACUCAACGAAUUGAAGCAGCGCCUGAAGCAGUUCAGCGACUCAGAGAGUGCUCGCAACAAGAGACUUGCAGAGGAGAAUGAAGUGCUACGCCAACGGCUAUGGCAGUGUGAGAAGAGGUUGAAAAGUCUCCAGGCGACGUUAAAGAGUAUCGUGGACUCAAUGACAGGGGAUCGAGAGAGUAAAUUUGUUGGGGAUGAAAACAACAGCAACGCCUCGUUGUCAUCAUCUUCUGCAAACGACAAUGACAGAAGUUUCCAAAACCUUGACACGGACUUCGAGUGUGGAGAGCCCGUCGACAUGGCCAUGACGGUCGAUUACAACAUUCCUCGUAUCCAAUCCGGCACCAUUGCGGAAGAUAUGCCGUUUGCCUCCUCUGUGGAUCAGAAUUCAGGCGUCGUCAACGGUUACAAUGUCAUACCUCCAAUAGAGACAUAUCCCUCAGAGCGGACUCUUCAGAUGCUAUCAACGAACGACAUGUUUGAAGAGACCGACGGGCAAUUGGCACUGCCAGACCGUGGACUCUCAAUUUCGUUCGAGCCGGCUUUGACGCCAUUUUCUCGAGGUGCGGCUGCAUUUCCUCUCUGCCGCAAUCUCCAGCUGAUGAAUCUAUCGAAAUAUUCGGAACACAUUGAAGCGUACGAAAGGUGCGUGAUGACUGGUUGCUUUAAAGGACAGUUUCAGCCCGGAUUUCAACAGCCUCAUUCGAAUCAUCUCCCGCGUCGUCUCGACAUUCGUCAGACUCGCCUGGCAAGGUAUGGAACCAUGGUUCAAAUACACCAAUGGCAGCGAGACAGUGGCCAAACUGACAGCAUGGCGGCUGUUCCCCACCCAGCCAUAAUCGACUGGUGCGUCUUCCCUUUCUUACGAGACAAUUUGAUCCAAUACCACUCUUCUGACCCAUCUCUGGACGAAAUUUGCGGUCACAUUGGCAAAGCGUACGUGGUGCAGGCGGACUUGUCGGAGCUGGUCGCCAACGCAGAGCCCUUAUCUGUGAAUUUCAGUGUGCUUGACAUCGUUACCGGGUUGGAAAAAAAUCCCACAUUGCUUUCGUUAUCCCGAUUAUCCGACGCCAUGCAGGCUGAAAGUAAUAACACCAUCCAGCAGACCGCGAGGACAAAGAUCCACCUUCCCGCUCCCAAUCUAUACGCACUACUACACGCGCGCGAAUAUACCUGGGAAUUAUACCGGCACCUCAAGAUUGCCGAGGGCGGCGACCGCUUCCGACUCGACGGGAAUUUCUUUGUCAAGUACCCUCAUCUCUACGAGCCUGAGGUAGAUGCGUGCUACAUCGCCCACGGUGUGCCCUUGCGGUCAUGUAAUAAAGUCACCUGGCCUUGUCUGUUGCCUUUGGACAAUGCGGUCGUGAACAGUGAUUUUGACUGUGUAACUUCGAGGGCAAAUUUGGCGUGUCGGGCGCAGGUAGAGGCUGUUCAAGGAAUUGCGGGCUUCGUGAAUUAG